CGAGGACGAGAUCAAUAUAAUAUCAGCGUUGGGCAUAACACCCUAUGUGGUACAUAAAAUGUUUAUAAACUGAGAAGUUAAGUCGAUCGAAAGGGUUAAUACAUGUGCGGAGUAUAAAAUCAUAGUAAUUAUAAAUUGUCACUACACAGAAAACAAUUCGAAUUGUUAAUCAACACAACAUUAAUGUAAUUAUUGUAAGUUAUCGUUUAUAACAUUCAAAUAAAGAUUUUUAACCACUUAUAAUUAUUAAAAUCAAUUUAUUAACACAUAAAUUAUAGAGCUUAAGAAGUUGUGUGCAUUCUGAGGUAGAUUUAACACUUCCUUUCAAGUGAAUUGCUUUAAAAUGAAAAAAGAUAAAAAAAAACACAAAGACAAAACAAAAAAAAAUGAAGAACCCCUACCCUCUCCAGAGGAAUGUACUCCCGGGUGCAGUAGCAUGGAUUGUAUGGGUUUACAACAAAUACCGCCAUCGCCUCCUCCAAGUUACAAACAUAGUUUGGCUGAAAGACAAUCCUUAGAACAAGGUCAAAUGAUGAUAGACGAAGAAAAUUACGCAGCAGCUGGAAAUUGCAAUCAGAAACAAUGUAUCGAAUCAGAGCAGGACCAUGAGAAUAACGUUAGUUCACCAGUUAGACAAGAAAUUUUUCAUAAAAGCAGUAAAGAGUUUUAUAAAGCAGUAGCAGCACAAUGGGGUAUUACAUGUAAAAUGAGUGAUCACUGUCGGUGUUUAGAUUGCCAGAGCCGAUAUUUUGAUUGUGAAUAUGAUCAAGAUAAUGAACAAGAAAAAACAGACGGUGGACUUGGAGCGGGUACACCGAUGUUCUUGUCUGAAAUGAUGCACACAUCCACUUGCACUUUAAUUUAGUACUUGAUAAGUUUUUUCACAAACGUGUUAUUUUUUUAUAAUUCAUUGUAAUACAAAAUAUCAAGGUAUAUCUAUUUUGAGGAACGCAUUUAAGUAUUAGAAUAAUCUAAAUCACAUUAAUGAAGUGAUCGAAGUGGUGGUUACAGAGUGAUAGUAUCACUCUAUUUUUUUUAAAUUAAAAUUAUUUAUCCCUCCACUUAUUAUAUAUAAAAUAAUACACUCCCUUAAUAUUAUACAAUGUACAUAAGGUUUAUUGAUUUAUAAACAUUUUUUUUCUAUUAUAAAUUGUAAUUUUGUAUUGCUAUUAUUUAAUUAAUAAAAUUAAAAUUAAUAUACUAUAGUAUUGUAGGUUUAAUUAUUUGUUUUAAGUAUUCAUAAUAUUUUCUUUAAAUUAAGAUUAUUAAAAUUCACCAACAGUAUUAACAUUUAAUUUACCAACCAAAAAUAAUAAUGGAAUAAAACAAAA